UUGGAUUCUAUAAGUAUAACAAAUUGUUGAUUCUGUAGAUUGGUGGACGUAUAAUGGUCAUGAAGAGAUCUUCAGAACCAGAAAAUCAUGUCAAAUCGAAACGCAGUCGCUCCAGGAUUGACUUAGACGAUAACGGAAUACGUGAACAUAUUUCAUCGCCUGAAAGUAUGCGGGAUAGUGGAUCCCCUGUGCGACGAAGUUCAUCUCUUACUCGAAAAACAGACGAAAGAACGUACAAAAGGACCUCUAAUGUCAACAUGCGAAACGACAGUAACUAUCCUAUCCACCAAAAAAGGGAACGGGAACUCGAUCCUCAUGUUCGUAUAACAAACCUAUCGAGUCAUAUUUCUGAUCAGCAGAUGAAAGAUGCACUUUUUCACGAGUUUAAAAAAUUUGGUGAAAUCACUGUUCUCUUGUACGGCCGAGGCAACGAUCGUUACGCCGUUGUGUACUUUCGAACCCUGGAAGAUGCACGGGAAGCAAAGCGUGUAUUCGAACGCCGAGGACGUGUUAUGAUCUUUGAUCGUCCAAUUCGUAUUGAAUACAGAUUAUAUCCUGARAGAACUUCUAGUCGAAGAAGUUACAGCCCAGUUGGAGAAAACUUUCGCUAUGACACCCGUCGUUCUAUGUCUCCACCUCGCCGAACACAACGUGCUUCUAAUCCUCAAUUUGAGUCGUUCGAACGUAGUAACCGUACUGAUUAUGAUCGCAGAAAUAGAGGGGGCGAUUUUUACGUUCCCCCGCAGCAAGAAUACAUCCCRCCAGAGGAAGAUCCUAAAGCUACGAGAACGCUGUUUGUGGGCAAUUUAGAAACAAGCGUGUCCAGCCAAGAGCUUCGGCGCGCUUUUGAGAAAUUUGGAGUGGUUUUGGACGUGGAUAUCAAACGCCCCGCACGUGGACAAGGAAAUACUUAUGCAUUUGUGAAAUUCGCUGAUCUGGACGUCGCUGCUAAAGCAAAAGUUGAUAUGCAAGGAGAGUAUAUUGGAAGAAAUCGUGUAAAAAUCGGUUACGGAAGGAGUCAACAGACAACACGUUUGUGGGUCGGUGGUUUAGGGUCGUGGACGUCUUUGACCGAGCUUGAACGAGAGUUUGAUAGAUUUGGCGCUAUUAGACGUAUUGAUUACCGCAAAGGGGAUGACCAUGCUUAUAUUUUGUACGACAGUUUAGAUGCUGCAUCCGUUGCUGCACGUGAAAUGAGAGGUUUCCAGAUGGGCGAUUGCCGUUUAAGGAUCGAUUUUGCUGAUAAAGAUCAAGGUUUGAAAGAUUAUGAUCCAUAUUAUCAAGAUCGUAGAGAUUCAAGCCCUUCUAGAGGACGUGUUACUGAAGUUAAUCGUGGAGACAACUUGUACAACUUGUCUGACCGUGAUUAUAGAGACGACAAUUCAUAUCUUGAUCCWAAGCAAGAGCAUUACAGGCGUGGUGAUCGACGUGGAGAUGAAGAAAAUUCUUACAGAAACUGGAAGGAAAAUGACAACUAUUCUUCACAUCGUGAUGUCAAUCGUUCUGAAGACAAUGCACCUCGUCAAAAACCCUUUGAGGAUUGGUCACAUGACAGGGGCUCACAAUAUAAUAAUGAUGAUGACUGGGAUCGUCGCAAUCAAGAAAGAACUUCAAAAGCUUCACAUUACCGCCGAAGAGGACCUCAAACACCACCAAAUGAUUUUUCUUCAUUUGAAAAUUCUCCCGCACAUGUUACUGAUGAGGAAAGAACUCACAAGCAUAGAGGAUCUUCAUACAGAACUAAGCGUUACAAAGAAAAUGAUGCUCCUGCAAAGUCCAACAAAUACCCAAGAACUAGAUCUCCAUCACCAACUCAUGGAGCUCAUCCACAAUCCAUUUCACCAGAUGCAAGACGUCAUUCGGAAUCAUCUUCUGAUAGUCAUUUCAGUCAUUCACGUGGUGGAAGUAUAAAUGUAGCUGAGGACGAUGAUAAGCAUAAAAGUUCUGAUGAAAGGUCAUCAAAUAAAAAGACAAGGAAAGAUAAAGAGCCAAGGACUAAAGACCAGAAACCUGCUACGGAAACACAAACUCCUGCAUCAUCAGGCACAGAAAACCUUCAAGACCUUGCUAAAAGAUUUGCCGUUGCUUGGAAAGGAUCUCUUAUUCUCAAGAAUAGUGCYUUUCCAGUGCGCAUGCAUCUUGUUGGUGGAAAUCCAGAAGUUGCUGACUCACUUCGUAAUGAUGGAUCUUCAAAAAAUGCACUAAGGAUUACACAGCGCUUGCGUCUUGAUCAACCAAAGCUUGAAGARGUGUCUCGUCGCAUUAAUACUGCUGGUGCUGCUGGCCAUUGCUUGCUUUUAGCUUUACCUGGAGCGCAGACACAGGCAUUGGAUGUAAAAGAAGGUGAAGAUUUACAACAAAGACCUCUACGAAACCUGAUGAGUUAUCUCAAACAAAAACAAGCUGCUGGAGUUAUCAAUCUUCCCACACUUCAAAGUUCAUCAGCUAAUGCAAAGGAUGAUUUGGGCGUUCUUCAUGCUUUUCCACCUUGCCAAUUUUCUCAUGAGCACCUGUUGCGUAUUGCUCCUCAUUUGCCACAGGAACCAUCCAAGGAAGAUCACCUCGUCAUUUUGCUUGUUCGUGGAAGUGCAUAAUGCUUAUACGUCAAAAUUGCCUUGUUAUGAUGAGUCUUUUCUACAAUAUUGCUAUAAUCAAAAUGUGACUUGUAUCAGACUGUUUGUGUCGUCACUUACCUGCAUUUUAUCAAAAGUCAUUUUUCUUGCUUGAACUUCCUGCUGUUUUUGCUGCUUCAAGUUGGAUAAUCUGCCAAGAAUCAAUGAACUUUACCAACCCAUCUAGAUGUCUUGUUAAUGGCUCAUGGCCCAUUGAAAUGUUUCAGUGGACUGAUUUCUGUCAAUUAUCUGGUUGACAAAGUGCUAUUAGUAUUAUGAACACUAGCAAUCUUAUUUGUUAUAUCAAGAUGAUUUUAAUGCUUGAAAUAUUCAUGAGUUCUUACUUAAAAUAAUUAGAGUUGAUUUAUUUAGAGAAACCUGUGAAAACGAUGGCAGAUCAYCUCACCAUUGUUUUCUUUUGUGUSUGUUUGACACAUKCACUWUUAGAUUAAGGUAUUUUGUUUCUUUUUCUAACCAGUGAAUAGAUUUUAGACUAAACAAGUCUGUACACUCUAACUUGUUGUUCAACCUAUUAUCUGAUAGUGAGUUUAAAAUCUCUCUUKUAUUCACUAAGCAAAACUCUAGAUUCAAAUUUUAAGUUUUCCAUACAUACCAAAGGGUGGUUGUCAUUGGACAGAAACAUUGAUACUAAGAGUGUUUGGUAGUUUUGAUAGUUUGAUAGUGUUUUAGUUUUUUUAUCAGUGCAUGGCCGCUAGUGUACAUCAACUUACAUGUAGUUUAACAAUUUAACAGUCGAAUGAAAGCCACUCUAAUGCAGUAGAGAGAACUUAGACCCCAAUCAGAGAGCUGCAACAUGUUUCUUAGAUAUUUUCUUGGAAUUUCAAGGGCUCAUGGAUAUUUUAGUAAAGUAUUAUUAACAUUAAUCAUAUAAUUGACAUGUAACUUUGUUAGGUAAAAAGUCUCUACAGUAAAUCAUGUUUGRUCAGAGUAGUAUUUCAAAUAAUUACAUGAUAUACUGUAAUCCAUUUUAUUUCAACUAAAAUCUAACUUUUAAUCAUUUUGAAUCAUUUCAGGAAGUGAAUUACUUAAUAUUGUAGUUGUUGAUAGACCAAAAGCAAAAUGUCUAGUUUGAUUCACUUUGUUUUUUCUUUCAUCCAAAAGGAUGAAUUCCUAGUUUAAUACUAAGGCAGUGAUAGGUUAUUUCUUACAGGAAAUUUAAAACAGUWAACCAGAUCAUGGUUAUAGGACUUGCACAAUCACCUAAUGUAUAUUUACUUUUAUUCAUGAUUUUAAGACUGGUUUAAGGGAUUUUAUAUAGAGUCGGUUUUCACAGACACAAAAGUGAAACGAGUUAAUUUUAGUUUGUCAAAAAUAGCAUGUUAAUAUAGACAUUUAGGUUGAUAAUUUCCAUAUGGUAAAGUGAAUUGUAACACAGUGAGUUAUGGCUUACUGCAUGUAUCGUGGCAUCUAUUGAUGAAGUGAUCCCAAGCAGUUCACUCAUCUAGUAUUGUGAACAUUGUUAACUUAUGUACUCAUUAAACUCACCAUCUGAAGUCAAAGACCAUGCUAUGGAGCAUUAAAUCGAAAACCACAAGCUUUGCUCUGUGGCAUAAUUCAUCAUCCUUCA